GGUCCCCGCUGCUCCCGGCGGCGGCGGCGGCAUGGACGAGGCGGUGGGCGACCUGAAGCAGGCGCUGCCCUGCGUGGCCGAGGCGCGGACCGUGCACGUGGAGGUGCACCAGCGCGGCGGCAGCACCGCGAAGGAGGAGGACAUAAAGCAGAGCGUUAGAAAGCUGCUCAACAGACACAACAUCGUGUUCGGGGACUACACGUGGACUGAGUUCGAUGAGCCUUUUCUGACCAGAAAUGUGCACUCCGUGUCUAUUGUCGACACGGAGUUGAAGGUGAAAGACCCCCAGCCCAUUGAUCUGGGUGCCUGCACAAUUGCACUUCACGUCUUCCAGCUGAAUGAGGGCGGCCCCAGCAGUGAGACUCUGGAAGAGGGGACUGAGAACAUCACUGCAGCAAGUCACUGGGUCCUGCCUGCAGCGGAAUUCCAUGGGCUUUGGGACAGCCUGGUAUAUGAUGUGGAAGUCAAAUCUCAUCUCCUUGACUAUGUGAUGACGACUUUGCUGUUCUCAGACAAGAACGUCGACAGCAAUCUCAUCACCUGGAACCGGGUGGUGCUGCUGCAUGGUCCUCCGGGAACUGGAAAAACAUCCCUGUGUAAAGCAUUAGCCCAGAAACUGACCAUUAGACUUUCAUGCAGGUACCGGUAUGGCCAAUUAAUUGAAAUAAAUAGCCACAGUCUCUUUUCUAAGUGGUUUUCGGAAAGUGGCAAGCUGGUAACUAAGAUGUUCCAGAAGAUUCAGGACUUGAUUGAUGACAAAGAUGCUCUGGUGUUUGUGCUGAUUGAUGAGGUGGAGAGCCUCACGGCUGCCCGCAAUGCUUGCAGGGCAGGCGCCGAGCCUUCGGAUGCCAUACGCGUGGUCAAUGCCGUCUUGACCCAGAUCGAUCAGAUUAAGAGGCACUGCAACGUGGUGAUUCUGACCACUUCCAACAUCACAGAGAGGAUCGACGUGGCCUUCGUGGACAGGGCUGACAUUAGGCAGUACAUUGGACCGCCGUCUGCAGCAGCCAUCUUCAAAAUCUACCUCUCAUGUUUGGAAGAACUGAUGAAGUGUCAGAUCAUAUACCCUCGCCAGCAGCUACUGACCCUCCGGGAGCUGGAGAUGAUUGGCUUCAUUGAAAACAACGUGUCAAAGUUGAGCCUCCUUUUGAGUGAAAUUUCAAGGAAGAGCGAGGGCCUCAGUGGCCGUGUCCUAAGGAAACUCCCUUUUCUGGCUCACGCACUGUACAUCCAGGCCCCCACCGUCACCAUCGAGGGCUUCCUGCAGGCCCUGUCUCUGGCAGUGGACAAGCAGUUUGAAGAAAGGAAGACGCUCUCGUCUUGCAUUUGAUCUGAGCUCCCUGCCUGUGGGUCGCAAGUGACGUUACUGCUCACGGCAGCAGCUGCCCAGAAGUCUCCAAACACUCGGCGCACGUCUCUAGGCCAGAAGCUCCUGAGGCUAAGCAGUGUUCAGAGAAGUGUGUUGUAUUUACAUGGUUUUAAGACAAACAGCCUGUCAGUUUCACUAUUUUGAAAGCCGUUAAUUCACGUUCUGUCCUAUGAAGAACUGUCUAGAUGUGCUCGUUCCAUCCUGUGUCUGGUGGAUCAGACACAAAAUGCUGACAAAUAUGGUUUGAAAAAGGCAGUCACCAUAGGUUUUAAGAAACAAAAGAGAAACUAUAUCACCUUAUAAUAAAGUAAUCACAACAUUAAAAACGUUUCCCGCACUGAAGAUAGAAGGCAGCUUUCUGACCUGAGCUUGUUUUAUUGAGUGCACACAUUUUAGAGACUUAAUGAAUAAAGAAAACCUAUUCCUGUGUUCUAGAAAUGGAGAAAAAAAUUCCAGGUAGAGCGUUCUUCAUGAUAAUCAGUCACGGUGCUGUUUGUGGGAAAGUGCAGCCUCGGCGUUCGGGUUGGCUCUUGCCACACACCCUGCCACCCACAACAGGCAGUAUCACGUGGUACUUCGGCCUGUCAUUUUGUUCCUUCAGUCACAUUCCUGCGGCCCAAGCGCAGAUUCACGUUAACAAUGUAAAGUAUACUGGCUAAUCGGCAUGCCUCAUGGAAUGUUGUAUUUUGCUCUUAUGCUAAAAUUUCAUGUUUGUGUUUUAUAUACAUUUUUGAAGAACAUGUUAACUUUUGUUACAGAACUUUUUUAAGUAUUAAAACUUUUCCCCAGAA